AUGUGGAAGUGGAAGGCAGGUUUUCAAAGGAGAACGGACUUUUUUCAUUUUGCGCUUUUAAAAGUGGACAGCACUUUGCACUUUUAUGGAGGUAAGGAUAGGGGAGAACAAAGUUCAACCACAGAAAGUGGAAAUAUUCUUGGAGUUGGGGACUUCUUCAGCCAUAACCAGUUGCUUCGAGAGCAGAACCAUACUUUCAUUGCACUUAUUCCAAAGAAACUUGGAGCUUCAUCGGUUCAACAAUUUAGACCUAUUAGUCUCUGUAAUAUUAUUUAUAAGAUCAUCUCCAAGCUUCUGGCAAAUAGGUUGAAGCCACUUCUUCAUAAAUUUAUAUCUCCGUUCCAAACAUCUUUUGUCCCAGGUCGUCUUAUACAGGAUAAUUCAAUUUUGGCUCAUGAGAUGCUCCAUACCCUUAAACAUAAGCGUGGAAGAGGAGGUCUUAUGGCUAUAAAUAUUGACAUGGAGAAGGCCUUUGAUAAAAUGGAGUGGCCCUUUCUCCUUGCUAUCCUUAAACAGCUGGGAUUCCAUGACAUAUGGAUCAAUUGGAUUAGAAUCUGUAUAUCCACAACUUCAUUCUCAGUGUUGUUAAAUGGUAGUUCUUUUGGCCAUUUUCGGCCAUCUCGGGGAUUAAGACAAGGUGAUCCUCUCUCACCCUUCUUAUUUAUUAUUGGAACUGAGGCUCUUUCUCGUUUGCUUCAUAACAGUUUACGUGGUUUCAAGAUUUCUCGCUCCAAUGCUUCUUUAAACCAUUUACUGUUUGCGGAUGAUCUGGUUAUUUUUACUUUUGCUACUUCUUCUGAAGCCUCUCUUAUAAAGACUUGUUUGGAUAAAUACAGCUCCUGGUCUGGUCAGUCUGUCAAUUUUUCAAAGUCAAGUAUUAUUUUCAGUAAGAAUACAGAUGCAGCUACUCGGAUUAGCAUUGGAUCCUUUCUUCCCUUUGCUUUGACACCUGCUUCUGCAAAACAUUUGGGUCUCCCUAUUUUGUUUGGCAGGUCGAAACAUGAUUCCUUUGUUGAUAUUCUCGAUAAGGUCAAUGGGAAAAUAGAAGGAUGGAAAUCUAAAACUCUUUCACAGGCAGGCAAGUCAGUUCUGAUCAAGGUGGUAGCUUCUACUAUUCCGUCUUAUGCUAUGAGCUCUUUCUUACUUUCGGAUAAAUUCUGUGAUAAGUUGGAUAUUGCUUUUAAGAAUUUCUGGUGGGGUUUUCCUAAGGAUAAAGCUCGGAAUUUAACUCUUAAGUCUUGGGUUUCUCUCUGUCAGCCGAAGGAUAAUGGUGGAUUGGGGUUUCGUUUAAUGAAAGAUAUCAACUUGUCUCUUAUAGCUAAAUUGGGUUGGAAGCUCCUAGUUGAUCAUGAUAGCUUGUGGGUUUCUAUUUUCAAAGCAAAAUAUAUAAAGUAUGGGAACCUUUUGACUUGCCCACUCAGUAGCGGCUCCUUUAUUUGGAAUAGCAUUAAAGCCAUUGUUCCAUUACUAGCUUCUGGUGCUUGCUAUCUACCAUCUAUGUUCAGUCAGUUAUCGGUUUGGACUUCUCCAUGGAUUCCUACAGUUUUAGGCUUUAAACCGGAGGCCCGUAUUCCUUCUCUCAAUUCAUUAUAUCCGCUUUCCAUUGCUGAGUUGUUUAAUCCAUCUACCAGUUCUUGGAAUUUGGAUAUUUUAACAUUUUUGUUCCAGCCGCACUCGGUGUCAGAAAUUCAGAAGAUUAGGUUGAGAUCCAUAAAUGAUUCUAUUCUAUGGACUCCUUCAUCUUCAGGCAACUUCUCCACAAAAUCUAUGCAUCACCAUAUUACAACAUCUCGAGGGGUUUCUUUUUCUCCAUUGAGUGCUUCUAAGUGGAAAAGCCUUUGGAGGCUGAAGAUGCAUCAUCGAUUACGUUUAUUCCUUUGGAAAAUGAUUUGGGACAUUAUACCAACGAAGAUUCGCAUUUCUUCUUCUAUUCCUAAUUCUACUAUAGAUACAUCUUGUUCACUUUGCUCAUUUCGUACUGACUCCAUUCUUCAUUUAUUUUUCUCAUGCCCUAUAGCUCGAGUGGUUUGGAGGAACUCUUUUUGGGCUUUGGAUAUUCUUGCUAUUAGAAUUUUUUCUAUGGAGUCUUGGUUGGACUUAAUUCUGCACCCGGGGAAGAUAGGUAUUCCUUCAUUUGACCACCACCUAUUUCAAAUUUUUGCAACGGUGGCUUGUGAUCAAAUUUGGCUGGCAAGGAAUAAAGCGCUUCAUGAUGAUAUAGUGCCAAAUGCUCUUGUUAUAUCAUCCACUAUUAACUGUAUUGUGAAGCAUCAUCAUUCUGCAUGGACCAAUAAGCUUGUGCCAAAGAUUGCGGUUUGGGAAAGGCCAUUUCCCCACUUCUACAAAAUUAAUUAUGAUACAGCGAUUUGUCUGGAAUUUUCUGCUCAAGCAGCUGUUUGUAGGAAUUCUCAAGGAACCAUUAUUGGCUGUUCUACUAUUAUUAGCCCUCCUUGUUCUCCAGUUUUUGGCGAAGCCACAUCAGCUUUUCUUGCUUGGCAGUUGGCUUUAUCUUUAAAGCUUCAGCAUUUCAUCUUGGAAGGUGACUCUCUGGUUGUUACGCUGUCUCUUCAGAAUCCAAAUCUCACACAAGAUUGGAGAAUUUCCUCUAUUAUUUCCCAUAUUUUCUCUGAUACUCCCACAACAACUAGCUGGUCAGCUAGUCACGUUAACCGAAGUGCAAACUUCUGUGUCCAUCAUGUAGCAAACUGGGCCGCAACUAGAUUCUCAUCUAGCUGCAUUCCCAAUUCGACCUAUCACUUUCGAUCCUUUCCUAUCUGUUUUGGAAAGGAAUCGCUUUCAUCUUUUUUAGUGCCUUAG